GAAGGCACCCUUGAGGCCUACUAAUUUUGGGCCCUUCCUCUCGGGGGAUUCUCUUCCCCACAGCCUCUAAUUAGAGUUGCGUUUUCCUCCACAAACAAAAAUUUUGAUUCUAACUUCCAUUCUCCAAAUAAUUCCAACAGCAAUUUCCCGGCAAAAUCUCUUCCUGUUUUCUUGUACACAGAGAACAAUCUGAAUUUUUUUUUUUCCCUACGGUAAACAUGUUUUCAUUCAAUCAAUGCUGAGGAUUUUCUUGAUCAAUCCUCAAAAAGGUUACCUUCUUAAUGGAGAAAUUUGCAUCCCGACCCCAAUUUAUUGAAAAUACGGCUUAAUUUGUUGUUUCCUUGUUUAAUCAUUUUCUGUUCAGAUGAUGCAAUGUAAGAAUUGAUAUACUCGUGCAGCAAAAGAAACUUAUCGAGAUAACCAGUUUAUGUAUUUCUCUUCGUCAAGAUUGUUCCUUGGGCUAUUGAGAUUUUGUUUGUUAAAAGAGGAUAAGACUUACACGAAUGGCUCGACGUGGUCACACGAGGACCCAAUCAUUUUCCUCUUCUCAAGCUCAGAAUUUGACAGACGAUCCCGUGACAGAUAAAACUGCUCAGAGCACGGUAUCAUGUGUAUACCAGACAUAUGUCGGAGGGUACUGGCGAAAUGUCACAGUUUUAUGGAGCAAGAACCUGAUGAACAAUUCGUUAAGCAUAUCGGUGGAUAGCACGCAGAGUGAUCAUAACCAAACAUGCAAGAUUGAUUUCAAACCUUGGCAUUUUUGGGCGAAAAAGGGUUACAAGACUUUCGAGGUUGAUGGAAAUCAACUGGACGCCUAUUGGGAUCUUCGUUCAGCAAAAUUUUCCGGCAGCCCGGAACCCUGUAAAGAUUUCUACGUCGCAAUAGUAUCUGACGAAGAAGUGGUGUUAUUAAUAGGGGAUUACAAGAAAAAGGCCUAUAAGAGGACAAAAUCCAGACCUGCCCUUGUUGAUGCAGCUCUGUUUUCUAAAAAAGAACACGUUUUCGCCAAGAAAUGUUUCUCCACAAGAGCAAAGUUUGAUGACAGGCAAAAGGAGCACGAGAUCGUUGUAGAGAGUUCCACAUCAGGGAAUAAGGAUCCCGAAAUGUGGAUUAGCAUAGACGGGAUUGUAUUGAUCCACAUUCGGAAUUUGCAGUGGAAAUUCAGAGGAAACCAGACCGUAUUAGUUGACAAGCAACCAGUACAAGUCCUUUGGGAUGUACAUUCUUGGUUAUUUUGUGCCCCGGGAUCCGCUCACGGGAUGUUCAUCUUCAAGCCCGGCACAGCAGAAGCGGAUAGUGAUAAGGACGAAAACAGCCGAUGUGAUGAUAGUGACUGCAGCGACAAUAGCUGGUAUUACUCGACACAAAGCUAUGCCAAAGCCUCACAGUUCUGUCUUUUCCUUUACGCGUGGAAGAUCGAGUAGAGAAAAUAUAGUCUAUUACAUGAUUUUAUACGGUUUAAUGAAGAGAGUAAGCUUGAUAUUGUGGGAGUAAUACAAUCAUGUUCUUCAAAUUACUGCAGAAAUAUUUUUGCAGAAUUCAGUAUGAACACUAAUUAAACAAGUUUAUUCA